AUGAGCGAAGAGGUCGUUCGACGGGAACUGGGUCAGCUCUUCAUCGUUGGGUUCGACGGUUUGACCGUGAAUGAGGAUAUAAAGUCUCUCAUUCGAGCUCCCUUUUAUGUUGGAAACGUUAUUCUCUUUCAGCGCAAUGUGGGUGACGCUGAACAGUUAAUUGCCCUUACAAAUGAGCUCCAGCAGACUGCUCGGGAUGCAGGCCAUUCCCGGCCCCUUUUCAUCGCGAUUGACCAGGAAAAUGGCUGGGUCACUCAAAUCAGGGCUCCAGUCGCCGCUCAGCUUCCUGGCCCUAUGGCAUUAGGGGCAUCUGGAUCUACUGAAGACACUACUCAAGUUUCUAGAGCCACUGGUGAAUUAUUGGAUGCUCUCGGUAUUAACAUGAAUUACGCCCCUGUCUGCGAUGUUAAUUCUGAACCAUCCAACCCGGUUAUUGGAGUGCGUUCUCCAGGAGACAAUGGGAUAAGCGUGGGGCAGAUUUCCUCCGCAUUUGCACAAGGAUUGCGUGAGAAAGGAGUCGUCCCAUGUGUGAAACAUUUUCCAGGACACGGGGAUACCAAGGUUGAUUCUCAUUAUGGCCUUCCCGUCGUCAACAAGUCCCGCGAAGAGCUGGAGGCCUGUGAGCUUAUCCCGUUCCGGAGAGCAGCAGCCGAGCAAGUUGAAGCCGUUAUGACAUCUCACAUCGUGCUCCCUGCGCUUGAAGAAUCUAAUCUGCCCAUGACCAUAAGUAAAAGAUGCGUGGAUGUUCUUCGAAAUAAGCUCCAGUACGACGGUUUAUUAGUAUCCGACUGUCUAGAGAUGGAUGCUAUUCGCGCACAUUACGGCACUGAGAAAGGUGCCGUGAUGGCAAUUGCUGCCGGAGUCGAUUGUGCGAUGGUUUGCCAUACUAUAAAGGCACAGAUUGGAGCCUAUAAUGAAGUGUAUAAAGCGUUGAACAGUGGCAUUAUUACGUCUAACCGUGUCUCCGAGUCGGUUAUGAGAGUAUCAAGGCUGAAAGACGCGUUUAUCAGUUGGGAAUCUGUUUUCACCAAGCGUAAGCCCGAACUGCUUGCAGAACUCCGCCACUCUCAUGAAAAACUAGCAGCCAGAAUCUACGCACGAAGCGCGACUUUGGUGAGAGAUUCUCAGAACGCUCUACCUUUAACGUCGGAGCAGAGUGUGGUAUAUGUGUACCCGGUAGUGGCAGGAAAGGGUAACGAUGCUCUCCCAGUGGUUCCAUAUAUACCGCUGAAAUUUGCAGAAAUGAUUAAGGAGCACCAUAAAAGCGUGGUUGAAUGUUCAGUUCACGAAGGUGCUGCACUUGAAGAUGAUGAGGAAGCAAAAGCAAAGAUCUCUCAAGCCGAUGCAGUCAUUCUCGUCACGAAAAAUGCAAAAUUAUCGAAAUUUCAGGAGAAGUUAGCUAGAACAGUUGCAGGUUUGUCUAGCAAGACUAUUGCAAUCGCCAUAUGCGGACCUUAUGACUUACUAAACGACACAACUCUUAUCAAGACCUAUCUUACCAUAUAUGAGCCAACUCCUGAGGCAUUUUUACCCGCUAUCGAGAUAAUUUUCGGACACAUUAAGCCGGUGGGCAAGUUGCCUGUCUCCACCCAACGGCCGAAGAUACCGAUUCAGCCCUUCAAUCCAGACAGCCAUCUGUCUAGUGUAAUUGAUCUCUGGCAUAAUCUUCUGCCACGAUACGCUAUACCAUCCAAAACCCUUUCCCAUGUUUUAACGCGUCCUAACGGUAAUCACUUUAUUUCAUGCUUCGAAGACAGAGUUGUAGGGUUUGUGGCCACCUAUGCGAACGAGGAUCGGCCAACGACAUUUAUUUCUGUUCUCCUAGUCGACACUGCCCAUCAUGGUAAAGGCGUUGGAACAGCUCUACUCGAACAUUCCCGGCAGUACCUCCGAGAAAAUUAUCCGGCGUCAUCAGUAACAAUUGGUUCCAGCUUCCCUCGGUUCUGGCCAGGCGUCCCAAUGGAUAUAUCCAAACAAGCACAGGCUUUUUUCAUACACCGCGGAUAUUGUCCUGCCCCUGGCCCAUCGUCAAGGGACUAUACCGCUGACCUUAGCGUAUACGAGGCGCAGAAUGGAGUUCUUGAGCGCGCAGAAAAGUUAGGAAUCACCUUCGCGCCCUGGAAAAAGGAUCAAUACGAGGAAUGCAUGCGAAGGCAGCAUGAAUUGUUCGGCAAGGACAGCGUAUGGAUCGGCGCCUAUGAGCAUCUCGCGCAAACGGACCGCCACAGCCAAGUCAUGGUAGCUGUGGAUUCGUCGACCGGGGAACAGAUUGGAUGGACAUUGAUGCAGGAACUAGGUAUAGGGAUGACUCGGGAACUUGCCUUGCAGCCUCUUGUGGGUAUGAAGUCUGGCCAAAUUGGCUGCGUGGGUGUUGCCCCUGAGGCAAGGAAUAAAGGGGUAGGCCUGGCGUUGAUCACUCAUGCCGCACUUGAUCUGAAGAGACGAGGAAUGGAGCAUGUGUUUAUUGACUGGUCCAACCAUGUCAACUGGUAUGAGCGUGCUGGCUUCAAGGUAUGGGGGGAAUAUCGGACCAUGGUGUUGCAUGAGCUGAAACCCAAAUAA